UCGAGGAGCAAGGAAACGACAAUUAAGAGACUUGAGAAGUACCCAGAGACACACACACCCAUCAGUCGCUGUUUGACUUUAGACCUGUUUGUGUCUCUACAGAGGAGGAGACCACCGAGUUCAGCUCUACAAGGUCAGUUUAAGCCGGUCUGUUAUUAUAUUUAUAUAAUAAGACAUGAAGAUGUGAUGUUCAUACACAGUCCUGCUCUGUUCUUAUUAUCAUUGUGUUCAUACAGGUGAGAGCUUUCCUUUGUUAUAUACUGGCCGCAGUGAAAAUGUUGUUUUAAGUCUGAACACCAACACAUGGAGUGUGUAGUUUAAUAUAAUUAGAGUUUAUGACUGACUGUUUGAUUUUAAUCAUUAAUAUACAGAAUAGGGCAAGCACAAUACGAUACAUAUCACAAUACACGAUAAGUCACGGUACGCUAUGUCACGAUAAGUCACGGUACGCUAUGUCACGAUAAGUCACGGUACGCUAUAUCACGAUAAGUCACGGUACGCUAUAUCACGAUAAGUCAGGGUACGCUAUAUCACGAUAAGUCACGGUACGCUAUAUCACGAUAAGUCACGGUACGCUAUAUMACGAUAAGUCACGGUACGCUAUAUCACAAUAAGUCACGGUACGCUAUAUCACGAUACGAUGUGCUAUAUCACGAUAAGUCACGGUACGAUGUGCUAUAUCACGAUAAGUCACGGUACGCUAUGUCACGAUAAGUCACGGUACGCUAUGUCACGGUACGCUAUGUCAUGGUACGCUAUGUCAUGGUACGCUAUAUCACGAUAAGUCACGGUACGCUAUAUCACGAUACAAUAUAUCGCGAUACGAUACAUAUUGCAAUAGUUUAUUUAUUUAUUUUUGAAAAUGUAAAUUGGGAACUGACACGAAACAUUGUGUUAACGUGACCUCUGUUAGUUCCUCUUGCUGAACUUCUUCUGUACAGGUGACUCUCCUCUGUCUUCAUUCAGGUCCUCAGUUCAUUAGGCCACCACGUCGUCACCUUUGAUUACAGAGGGUGGGGGGAUUCAGACGGCUCUCCAUCAGAGGGGGGGAUGACAUCAGACUCUCUCUUCGUCCACGAUUGGCUGAAACAGCGUCUGAACGACAACACGCAGCUUUACAUCUGGGGACACUCUCUGGGGACGGGAGUUGCCACAAACCUGGUCAGACGGCUGUGUGACAGAGGAAGUCCCCCUGACGCUCUGAUCUUAGAGUCUCCGUUCACCAACAUCAGAGAGGAGGCCCGGAGCCACCCCUUCUCCAUGGUCUACAGGUACCUGCCUGGCUUUGAUUGGUUCUUCCUGGACGCCAUCACAGCCAACAACAUCUGCUUCACCAGCGAUGAGAAUGUGAACCACAUCUCGUGUCCCGUGCUCAUCCUCCACGCCGAGGACGACGCUGUCGUUCCUUUUCAUCUCGGAAAAAAGCUGUACAACAUGGCGUCUCAGUCAAAGAGCCUCAGCGGUCACAAGGUUCACUUUGUUCCUUUCCCCUCGGCUCUGGCUUACAGGCACAAGUUCAUCUACAGGAGCCCGGAGCUGCCAAACAUCCUCAGCGAUUUCUUCGGCUCAGCUCCUCAACACACGGACGACUCAACCUGAAGACAGACGCGCGCGCGCGCGCGCACACACACACACACACACACACACACACACACACACACACACACGUACGUACGUUACUGUUUCUGAUCAGACUGAAUAUCCUGGUAUGAGCUGAAACACACACUCUUCGUGUCUGCGGUCGCAUUCCUCUCACCGUCUGAAGGGCGACGAGGAGCAAACAGGAAGAGACAACUUUCUGUUCAACUUUCACUUCUGAAUAUUUAGAUCAUCUUGAUUCUUUACAGUCUGUGAUUUUCAUCUUGGCUCUCGGAAUGUCUCCGACUCUCCAACAUCUGCUUUGUUAAGCCUGUUCUGACUUGAAUUAUGAAUUAAAUAUUUCUUGUUUUAUGUAA